GCGGUUCGUUAUAUAAAGUUAAAACACAAAAUACUUACAUUCCAACGCCCUCUAGGAUUCCAUCUGUGACAGAGAGGAUGACAUGUGCUCUGAUGUGUCACCAUAGCAACUGUGAUGCUUUUGUGGUGAAUGAUAGCGAUCAUAUGUGCAGAUUUAUGCCACCAAACAGUAUCUCGUAUGGAGACCUGUACAUUUCUAGUGAUAUCGGGAUGUGUCACUUUCUACCGGCGGGAAGUCCUUGAGAUGUCUACACUAUAACAACCAGCGACUUGGCCACGACUGAUGUGUUUUGUGACAUGGACACAUUGGGCGGUGGAUGGACAGUCAUACAGACUAGAUUUGAUGGAAGCCAGGACUUCAACAAAACUUGGGAGGAAUACAAACGAGGAUUCGGUUCUCCGUAUGGUGAAUACUGGAUUGGGAAUGAGAAUUUGUUCCUGCUAACUUCCUCAGAAUCAUACACACUUCGUAUAGAAAUAGAAAAUGCCACUGGUUCAUCAAUAUAUGCAGAGUAUUCGGUUUUUCUAGUUGCAUCUGAAAGUGAAAACUACACUCUGACAUUGUCUGGAUUUUCAGGGAAUGUCUAUAAUUCCAUGACUGAACAUAACCUUAAACCAUUCAGCACGGCAGAUCACGAUAAUGACGGAAUUUCUGGUAACUGUGCACAAAACAACCAAGCUGGAUGGUGGUUCGACGACUGCCACAGAGUCAACUUGAAUGGACCGUACAUGCCGUCAACAAGCGAAGACAGCAAAGCCAUGUCCUGGUACGAAUUCGACACCAAACGUUUUGAAACUUUGAAAUCGUCGAAGAUGAUGAUACGUCCAACUUCAUUUUGAAAGCAUGGAUUUAAAAAACAAUGAUGCAUAUUACAUAGAUAAUCAUAUACUUGUACGUGUUGUAAUACUUCUAGUGCAACGUCGUAAUGUACGUAUUUUUUUUUUAUUUUUU